UUUCUUUUACUUACAAAUUUACGAAUUUCAUCAAUAUGUCGCAACAAAUGAACAUUCUAUGUUGUUGUUCUUGCAGUAUGUAUCAGGUUCACAUAGUCAAGAAAGCAAAGAAAUGGCAAUGUAAAAUAUGUAACACGAAGCAAACCUUCAGACGCAUUUUUUUCCAAGGAUCGGGCAAAGAUUGUCGCAUUCAGGUUCAAAAAUUGAACGCCAUGAAAGAAAAUGAGGAUCAAUCGUAUCCAUCAUUCGAAAUGGCUACUAACUCAUAUGACAGUCAACACAAUGAUUAUACCGAUGAACCUAGAUUGAAGGUACCUGAAAAUAAAUGGGCAAAGUAUUUGGAUACUUCUGAUGAAGGUCUAUUUAAUAGUGUGCAAACUGCAGAUUAUCAACAAGUUAAUGAAACAACUGAUGAUUCUCUAAACUUGUCUAAUGAUAACGCAUCGUGUGGAUGUUCUCAAAAUAGUCAUUCUUUCUACCACAAUGAUUCUGAACAGAAUGCUAGUUCCAAUGAUGAAGAAGAAUCUGAUAAUCUUGUAAAACAAGAAAUAUAUCAUAUUGCAUCGGAUACAAAGAAUGAUAGUGAAAGUGGAAAUUCUAAAAACAAUGAUCUGGAGAAAACAGUAGAUGCAACAAAUAUUUUUGAUGAUAAUGAGGAUUUUGACCUUGCCAUUGAUUUUUAAGUUUUUCAUGUUUCUGUAAUUUUUAAUUAACGAAUCUAGCUUAUUAUUAGCUUAAUUAUUAUUCGAUAUCUUCAAUUUGGUAUUGAUUGAAACACAGGCGAUUGUUUGGACAGUAUUUAUUUGUUUAUUUCACAUGAUUUAAAUACAUUGUUUUAAUUUCAAAAUCUUGAAGAUAUCCUCAGAAUACUAACUGAGAACCUAGUACAUAACACAGACAUACAAUUGUAAAAAAAUAAAAUGCUAAUGGAUACAGUUA